UUUAUAUAUACAAUUAUGCAUUUAUAUACCUAUAUAUUUUUUAGAAAAUUAUGAUUCUUCGAAAUGUAUAUUGAUAAGAUAUAACUUAUUGCGUUUCAUAUAUAAAAUCACAAAAAAUUUCAUUAUUGGAAAAUCAUUUUCAACAUUUAGCAAUUUUAAUAAAAAAGGAGAAAAAUUUUUAAAAAAAUGUCUGAUAUAUUUAUAAAUCAAUAUGAAUGGAAAGCUAGAGCAUUAGAAUUUCAAACAAAUUUGGCAAGUGGUCCACUUGCAUCCGCAACAUGGGAUAGAUUUGAAAUUAAAACAAGUGAAAAACAAAAAUAUCUUUAUGAUAAAAUAAAAAUUUCAUUAUUUGGAAAUAUGGAAAAAUUAACGAAUGAACAAAAUGAAUUAAUAAAUUUAAUAAAAGAAAAAUGUAUUGAUAAAUCAUGUUAUUCAAAUUCUGUACAUUUAGGAAUAAUAUAUGUUUCAAUAUUAUUUCAAAAUAAAUCGGAAUUUAUAUUUCCCAUUUUUCGUAUACGUUCAAAUGAAGAUAAUGAUUUAAAAUCAACAUUUAUCGAUCAUUUAUCACGGGUUUAUAAUAAUUUUCAAGCAUAUUUAGAAACAAAUACAUGGGAUUUAUCAUUUAUUGUUAUACCAGUUAAUGGAAUUUAUAAAUUAAUUGAUGAAAAAUGUGAUAUUCUAUUUUCUAAUCAAUCAGAACGUGGUUUAUUAAAAGCAACAGCUGAUGAUACAGCAAAAGUUGUUGGUAUUGGAAGUACAGUUGGAAUGAUUGCUGGAAUGGGAUUAUCAUUAUUUCCAUUGACAAUGCCAGUUGGUAUUGCGGUAUUAUCAACAAGUGGUUCAUUUGGUGUAGCAAGUGGAAUUUAUGGUGCAGGACGUGCAAUAUCAACACUUCAAGAUCGUAAAGAACAUGAAUUAUCAAUUAGUUUCACUGAUAAAGAAGCACGUGGCUGUUGGAUAACAAUAGCAUCAUCAUCAUUAUCAUUUAUUUCAAUGGGUGCACAGGAAUUAAUUGCACCAAAAUUAAUUCAAAAUGCCCAAUUGGGACAUAAAUGUUCUCUAUUAUUAACAAGUACAUAUACAACAAUAUCAGUUGCAUCGCUUAGUUUAAAUGCAAUUGGUUUUGUUAAUUUAAUUUAUGAUGUUGCAAUAAAAGAUAAUGUGACAAAUGAAGAUAUUUUAAAUUUAAUAACAACAACAUUUUUCUUCUUUCAUUCGGCAAUGAAUUUUCAAACUGCAAGUAAUGUUAUUAAGAAAGCACAAAAAAUGGAAUUAGCUAAACUUAAAGAGCCAUUAACACCAGAACAACAGGAAAUAUUUGAUACUUUACGCGAGGCACAUUGGGAAAAUGUUGAUAUUGGAAAUGUUGAUCAACAAGAAGGUGAUCGACGUUAUAUACGUGAAUUAAAAACAAUUGACAAUAUUGAACAAUUUUUUCAACAAUUCAAUUUAACAAGCGAUGGACAAUUAAAAAUAAAUGGCGAAUUAACAAUACAUCAACGUGCAUUUAUACAAAUACCCCAACAAGAACGUUUACAAAUUUUACAAGAAUUGCAAAAAUUAAAUCAAAAUCAAAUAACAAUUGAUGAAUUUCGUUUAAAAACAGAAAAUACAAGACGAAAUUAUUCAUUAACAUUAGAUAGAGAACGUUGUCAAUUUAAAGAUAAUAUAACAAAUGUUUAUGGUGAAAAUUUUGAAUCAAUACAAAUAAAUGGUGAAAAUAUAUUUCAAAAUAUUAAACCACAUGAAAUUGAUCGUCUUCAUCAAGUUACAAAACAUUCAUUAAAUAAUGAUCAUGAUUAUGUGAAAUUGGGUAAAGAAUUUUCCAAUGAAAUGAAAGUGAAAAAUAUCACUGAAUAUUGUGCAUCAUCUGAAUAUGCAGCGAGACAAGUACAAAAAGAAAUAUCAAAUCGCAUUAAAACAAAUUCAAAUCCCACACGACCACAUGGUGUGAAGGCAAAAGAUUUUUAUAAAACACAAAUAAUUAAUGAAAUGCGCGAUAAUAAUUUUCAACAAAUUAAAGAAUCAUUUGUUAAUUUAAAAAAUCAAUGCGAUAGUGUUAAUCAACGUGUAUUAAAUACAUUUGGUAAUUCAUAUGCCGCGGCAAAUCAUUAUGAUAAACAUCAAAUAUUACCAUCAGUUAAUGAUAAAAAUGCAUUAACACCAGCGCAAUAUUUUGAUAUUGCCAGCGAUAUGGUGUCGCAAAUUUAUUGUGAAAUUGAAUGGACACAAGAUGGUUCGAGUUUAAAGUGUACAUUUAAAAAUGAUCAAUUAAUGGCAAUUAAAUUUGAAAAUGUCACACAUGGCGAAAGUGUUAUUGCAACAUUAAUGGAUACAAAGAAAAAUACGCCAAUUGCACAAAAAUAUUGUUAUUAUCCAAAAAAUUCAAUUGGUGCUUAUUAUGUUGAUUUUCACGAUGUUCCAGGAUUUAGCGAAUAAUUAUUCACGAAUAUUUAAAUAUAUAUUAUUAAAGGACUGAAUUUUGAUAUUUUAUCAUCACGAAGAAAAUUUUAUAACAAAAAAAAAGAAAUUUAUAAACAUUUUAUAACUUAUACUAGCAAAAUUAAAAGCGCGCAAGCGCGCCUAAUUGAGUAUUUAAUUGUUUGUUAUAAAGAAAUUAAAGAUUAAUAUUAUCAAUAAUAAUUUAAUUUAUAAGAAUAUUAUUACAUAUUAAAUGAUGAUAAUGAAAAUUAUAUAUUUACAGGCCUCGGAUUAUACAACUUUUUCCGACUUUUUUCAAAAAUACGACUUUUAUCGACUUAUUUUAAUAAAAUGCGACAUAUUUUUUUUACAUUUGAAAAAAAUGUAAAUAAAAUACAUUUUUUUUAGUAUAAAAUGUAGAUCUUCUUCAGAUCUUCUUCAAUUCAAUUAUUUAACAAAUUUUUAACUAAAAUGAUUCUUCACUAAAUUAAUUAUUUUUAAUAAUUUUAAUUAAAUACAUCACAAAUUCAAUUAU